AUUUGCUCUAGUCACUAUCUACCGGGCUUUAUUAAAAUUAAUCUAUCCCCAUGUCGUUGAACGAAGUUUGGGAGGCAGCCUCCGCGAGCCCUUACACUCCACUGAUUUCCAAAGAUAGCCAGUUCUCCGUCGGCUUCACCCUCUUGCUUUCUGCACUGAUAUUGACUGGCCUUUUCGGACUGAACCGUUCUUUCUUGAGUAUCGCUUCAUUUGGCGUUCCGGCGUCAUUGGCAUUCGGCUUCGGGGCCGUAUACAUGAUCUGCGCUGUUGGGGUCUACGUUUAGGAAGACUUCCAGAUCUUUUCAAUGUACCAUAUACCCAGUUGAAAGAGAAGCAGAAGGAUUAUACCAUUAGAAACGUCGAAGCU